UGCUCGCUGAACGGAGAUCUGUAAAUAAAGAUGCAUUCUCUGGCGCAGGAGAUCCAGGGCUUCUCCGCGGCGCGUCUGAGGAAGCAGACCACGAGGGUGACGACCGUGACGGGCGAGGUGCUCACGGAGACGCGCCGCGGAGGUCGUUUCCACGCGGAGCGCGAGGGUGCCGCGGCGUGCGGGUUCGUGCGGGACUCGAGCCUCGACCUGCGCGUGGGCGUCAUCAGACCCUUCCUCCUGCUCUCUUCACAGGAUGCUGCACAUGACAUAGACACAUUAAAGAAACUGAAGGUGACUCAUGUGCUUAAUGUGGCGUAUGGGGUUGAGAAUGCCUUCCCUGAUCUCUUCACAUAUAAGACCGUCACCGUGUUAGAUCUUCCAGAGACGGACAUCACCUCGUACUUCCCUGAAUGUUUCGAGUUCAUAAACGAAGCCAGUCAGCAGGGUGGAGUGGUGCUGGUCCACUGUAACGCCGGUGUUUCUCGCUCUGCUUCUGUUGUCAUCGGGUUCCUCAUGUCCCAGGAGAAGAUGACGUUCGAUGAAGCUUUCGGCGCGGUGAAAAACACCAGGCCUUACAUUCAGCCCAACCCAGGCUUUAUGAGUCAGCUGAAGACAUAUAUGCUUCCACACAAAGACUGAUUUUUGUGAACCGAAAUGUUCCCUGGUCCUGCGUAAUUACUGCAUGUGUCAGAUUUCACACAGUACUUGAUGAGUAUAUGAGCUGUGGAGGUGUUUAGUUAGACAGUUUGGUGUUUGGACCAUUUUGCAUUUAUAUUUUGUAUUUAUAUAUUAUAAAAAAAAAAAAAUAAUAAUAUAUAUAUAUUAAUGAAUGUUGAUAUUUAUAUUUGCUGCAAAAUAAUAAUAAAAAAUUGUAUAAUUUU